AUGGUGCUGGAGAACCUCCCACACCCUGUUAAUACCGGAAUCGCCCCAGUUACACAAUCCAAGACUUCGCGGCCCACUGUGGUUCGGAAGAAGUUUGCCAAACCGCCAGUGAAAGUAGCCUGUCUGACAUGUCGUGCAUCGAGGACGCGCUGCGAUGGUCAAGAACCAUGCUCCAACUGUCUUAGCAAAAAGAAGAAAUGCUCGUACCUGCCUAGUAGAAGAGGCGGUCCAAGGAAGAAGAAAAAGAGCUCGUCUCCGUCGGAUUCAAUAACCCGGCAUGAUGAUAUGCAAAACUCUACCCUCACGCCAGCCUCUGGCUUUGAUGACUCCUCGGCGAUGUUUGGGCAGAUUGAUGUACUCUCCUUGCCAGGAGCUGGGCUGAGGGCGUUAGAUUUCUCAUCGGAUGUGAAUACCAUGUUUGCUGAUCUCUUCAAUUCGAACAAUGGCACCAACACCCAGGGUCAGAUGGGGCCGACACCUUCGCCUUCAAACAUACCAUCGCAGCCUCUGGUCAGGACGUAUGGCAGCGAACACGAUAUAUUGAAUGCAUACUACGACUUCAUUCACCAUUAUUUUCCCAUACUUCCACCACGAGUCGCUCCGCGCUGUCCAGACAGGCCAAUCAAUUCCGCUGGUCACUAUUCGUCGUCUCCUUCUGGAGAGCCUUUACUAGCAUACAAACCACAAUCUCCCCUCAGUCUUGCAAUCUCCGCUAUAUUGGCCCUGGUGCCGCAUCCCGACGAUCCUGAGCCGUUGUCUCCGGUUGCUGUGCUGCGACGUAGAACUUAUGCCCAUACCUUUGCGCAACUAGCUAAUGCUGGUGUUGAGGAAGAUUGCGAAUUACAAGCUUCUUCGACAGAUCCGUCCCAAGCAUUAUCGAACAAUCGACCCAGGAUCAACCGGGAGCCCUUUCAUCCACGGACACCCGUGGAACUCGAAAGCCUUCUUGCAUUGCUGAUCCUCUGCGUGUAUGAAUAUACGCAGCGAGGAAAUCUGCUCAAAAUGAGGUAUCGGGCCGGCCAAGCCUUAGCGAUCGCGCUGGACAUGUCUCUUCAGUCGCUCGGGGAGGAGCAUGAUGAGUGCGCAGAGGCUCGGAGGAGGGCCUGGUGGAUGACGUACUAUUGCGUGCUUCAGGGAUCGAUUGUCAGCACAACGCCGCUCUCCAUAAUUGCCAGCGACCCUCAAUUUGUUACACCUUAUCCUCGUUUCUCUGCAGAUCCAGAGGGAUGGGCUGUUUUGAUGCAAGCCCAGCAAGUGCUGGUCUCCGCAACUCAAUUCGUCAUCGACUUGAAGAAAUGCAUGUCGACCGGCGCUAACAUGACUUACAUAUAUGAAAGAAUGCAGCAACUCGACGCCUGGGCUAGCUCCGCAAUAGCACAAUCAAAUCUCCUUCCAAUGGUCCCACAAUCUAUGGGCUGUGGUGACGAAGUGGAGUAUACAACCGCCCAUAGUAUACGCGCUAUCGCGCGAAUCAAGCUUUCUAGUGCACAAAUCAAGGUACACCGAUUCAGGGCGUUCUCGGAUAUUCCACUCUUCAUCAAGAAGCAUUGCGACCUGACCGCAGCUAAUUCCAACAACAUGAUUACGGGCGAUUCGGCGUCCAAGGCGUCCAAGGAACAGGACAGUAUGGCGAACAUCUCGUGUUGCUGCAGCAAUCUGGACUCCUUCCGGCCGCCGCCGUCUACAUCGAGCGAUUGCACAGCUUCCGCCUCUUCCUCCGGCUCUGCCACCUCCGAUUAUCACUCCAUGGUACCAUUCUCAUUUACCAGCGGCUUCCCAUACAGCAGCCAGCACUCCGCCAAGGUCUGCUUGAAAGCGUCUCUUACGAUCUCACGCAUGUUCCCGAGCCUACCCCUGCCACAGCCGCUCUACGCGUCGAGUGGCAGUAACACGCCCAACCAGGCUCUGCCCUCAUCCCCACAGAAGCGGCUACCGCGAACAAUGCCAUCGUUCGCAUGCUGUCUGAUGCAAGGAAGCUACGCCUUGUUGAUGAUAUUCUACAAAGCGACAGUGGAGAAACAAAUGUCGCCAGAUUACGUGAAUGAAUCCACAAACAGUGCCUCCGAUCGACUGAUCGAGGAGAUCCGUCAAGGCUUGGAGCGUGUCAUUGAAACCGUUAAAAAUUAUGCGAUUGCUUUUGAGGCGUUGGAUGGCAUGCGAGACGAAAUCGAAGGUGCAUAUCACACGGCGUUUCCUCCGGUAUAA